AAAACUCAACCUGAAAAUCUGCGAAACAGUUUACACCAGAAAUUUUUUUAAAAUGUUUGAAAUGGAUAAAUUGAUAAGUCCCUCCUCUCCGAUAUACUUGAUCUUGCAAAAGUUGAAAAAGCAGAAUGUUUUAUCAAUCAUUGUUGUUAUUGUUCAGACAAUCAUCAUUCUACAGCUGCUGGGAAUGUGCAUUGCUCUUUUCUCCGAGGAAAAACAAGAAGUGGGAUUUCUACUAAUUGAACUUCCAAGCAAGGAAAUGACUACAUUUGACCGUCUACCCCUGGAAAGAGUAGAAGGAGAUGGUGCUGAUUGUCUUUGCCUUGUUAUUUCUUGUGAUAUUUCUGUUUCUCAUGAAUGCUGUUGUGAUAUUACGAAACAUUCCGAGCAUGUAUUUCCUUAACAAGGAGAACAACUUUUAAUUCAAUGACAAAAACUUUUUAUUCAAUCAUUUUGGAUUUCAAAUUUUUUUAAAUAAACAAUUUAGCCUAA